AUGGAAGAAAGCGGCGGAAGACGGAGACCAAAUUGCCGCCUGCCGGAACGGCUUUUCGCAGUUGGAGAAGAACCAACCGGCGUCCGGGUGACUCCUUAUCACAAGGCAGGGGCAAUCAGGAGUAUCCUCAACGCUCUCGAUCCGGAGGAAGUGGAGCACAUUAGGGCUUCGCCGUUCGGCAGAUUAGUUGAGAUCGCCGACAAACCUAGUUUCUCCGGCAGGUUUGGGCGAUAUAUUAUAUCGAGACAACUAAAAGUGUCUAAGAAGCAUGAAGCGUGGUUCCUUUUCGCUGGUAAACCGAUUAGGUUUUCGAUUAAGGAGUUCGCUCUGGUCACCGGACUAAACUGUAGCAAAUUUCCAAAGAGAUGCAAGAAGAAAUCGAAGAACUUCAUGGAAGAUGUUGGGGAGAAACCAUAUUGGGGGGAAUUGUUUGGAUCGCUAAGAGAGGUACUUGACUCCUCGCUUGUGAAGAUGUUGGGGAAGAAAACUGUCGUUGACAGAGAGACUAGGUUAAAGUAUGCCUAUCUGUCCUUGCUCUCCUCUGUUAUUCUACCAACCACGCAUUCACAUCGGAUAUCCCAAGAAGCCGCAGAGAUGAUCAAAGAUUUGGAAACAUUUUUGGCGUAUCCGUGGGAAGGGGAUUUGUGCUUGCUCUUUCAACUCGUCAUUGUUGAAUGUGUGCCUGCGCUAACCGAAGUGGUGCAAGAUGGAAGUUCAUCUGGUUCUGACGGUGAGGGAGGCGGUGAUGAUGAUACUUUAGAGAGUGACAAAGGCGGAAGGAAAAACAUCAGUCCCGGGCACGCACGCGACACGGAUGCUGCAGGGAAGACAAUAGUUGACUCCAUUAUGCUUGAUGGUAACGGGGAAACAACUCUUGCUCCUGAUUUCCAAUGGUCAGAUGACGAAGAUGAUGAUGGCGUCUCUAAUAUGGUGGGUCUAAUAGAGGAGCGAUUUGGUUUCAGCAACGACUGUUUUGUUGGUGGGGCAACAAAAGAGGAUGUUACUAGGAUGCGUCACGAGUCAAAAGCUGAAAUGUUAAACCGCAAGUCUGUGAAAUUCAAGACCGCUACAUCUUCUCAGGUCCAAGAUGGCGUUGACUUAGAUAUGUUGUCCUCCAUGGUAAGAGAUAAACUAAAGGAAGACUUCCAGCUCCUACAUGGCAGCAUUGCAAACGUUCAGGAAUCAUCAAAUGGCUUCACCGAGACAAUUAUUGUCAAUAUCAACGAAGUCUUUGAAAUCGUGCAAGAUAGUGCUCGGCAGAUUAAAACAAUGUCUGAAGAUAUUCGUAAGUUGUCGGCGACAUUACAUGUUUCUCCUGUAGAAAACCUAGUUCGCCGUCCCAGCAUGGUGAAUGCGGCCACCCAAACAAUUCCAGAUUCCACUUCCAUUAUUGCAGAUGCAAUGCUGUUUGCUAACCAGUCAUCAACUCUUCCUACCGCGGAGGUUAACAUCUCUAAAGCCAACACGUUUGCUAACCGGUCAUCUACUCUUCCUACUGAGGACACUAACGUUGCGGCGGAACCAACCACAUCUGUGAAUGAGUUGAGUAACAACAGUGGCAUAGAAGGCGGACAUGUUCAACAGUCUACACCUCGGAGCCAGCUAACUGAGAAAUUAAAUCCUCCACUUACAGACAAACAACCGGACUCUAUUCUUGAUCCAUCAUUGGUUUUUCCCAACCCAACAUUCUCUCUCGGCCUUACGCAAGAGGCACGUGUGGAUACUUCUACCAUCACCAAUGUAACAGAGGGCAAUGAUGAGGAAGUUUAUGAGGAAGACAACGUAGAUGCAACGUUGGGAGAAGCUGGAAAUGGGUGCAGGAAAAGCAAAAGGCAAAAGGUACCAACGAAAUCGCUCAUGGGCGACUUCGAAUGUGAUAAAGGGUUUCAGAACUGUGCUAGAAAGGCUGUUGCUGAUGCCAUCUACAGGGGAGGGGAUGUUGAUUACACCGCCAAGUUUGCUGGUUUAAUGGAGAAGAUGAAGACUUCUUUUGAAAUGUCAAUUGGGAGUGCCAAUAUUCAGAGCUCCGAUCUCUGCGACGUUAUUGAGCGAGCAACUCAGCUAUCCCCUAAGGUGGUGGAUGUACUUAUGUUCCACACUAGUGCAUUCUUCCGGUCCCCAUCAUCUCAAAAACAACACUCCAGUUCAGUUUUUAUGGACACACAGUUCGUCUCACAGUUCACCAAAUUGUAUACUAAUUUCUCAAAGGCCUCCAAGAAAGUUAGCUACAAGUUUAGUGGCAAUGUUGUUGACAUGUUUCUGCAGCUUCCUUCAACCGGUGAUGACGUUCGUUACUAUUUCCCGUUCUACCUUGACAAACAAUACUGUCUUGGCAUCUGUGUGGAUUGUAGUACAUGGAGCGUCACGAUCUUGGACUGCACCGUGGAACUCAGGACUGACAACAUGAUGAAUAAAGAAGUAAGACCACUUGCUGUGAUAUUUCCAUACUUUCUGAAACAGCUGGGGAGACAAGUAGGAACGAGAGACUGCAAAGAAAUGGCAAUUGAAAAGCCCCGGAACAUCCCCCAGCAAAAAGAAGUGACACACUCCGGUGUUUCAUCUGUGCUUUUUAUCCAAGCACAUGCGGUUGGUGGGUUCGAUGCUUGCAAAUUCAUUACGCCGGAUGUUCUAGACAGCAUGGUUGAGAUGCUAGUGGUGACUCUAUACGAAGCAUCUGUUGAUCCCCUUUAA